AUGUCUUUCUACAGCGACGAAGCUCCCGCCCCCUCCGCUAACGUCGCGGACAAGCCGUACAUCUCCCACACCAGCCGCAAGGACGAAGAUGCCCCUGUGCAGACAGACGCGGGUAUUCCUAUUGACGAGGGGAUCGCUACUGCUGACUUGAAGCUGACCCACGAAGACAAAGAAGCCCUCGACACAUCCAACAUCAUCGGAGAACGCACACGCCACGCCAAACCCGCAAACGGUACGUACGCGCAGCUAGGGGACGAAGAGGGUUUGCCGCCGCUAGAAGAGGCUGUUAUUAUAUCGGAUGCAGCUGUCGCCGUAAGUAACAUAGAGGAGGACGGAUCUAGUUCCGAGACCGAAGAUGGAGAAAAGCGGGUUGCGGAUGAUGUGAAAGUUGGAAAUGCGAUCGAUGGAGAGGAAGACAUGUCUCAGAAUGCCGUUGAUGAGGAGGAGGAGGCUGCUGCUGUGGAUGGGGAGAGUGUGGAUUAA